AUGUCUUCGACGCACACUAACCUGGGAGCUCUCGGCUUGCAGGAGUCAGCGUCGGAAGGCAGGCAGGUCGAGAAGGACGACGCCGCAGUGGUAUCCGGGUAUGGAGGAUACGACAAACUACAGGCUGGAGAACUCGAUGAAAAACCUGUCCGUAUCAUCACGCAACAAAUGGGAGGAAUCUCACUAUCGGGCAACGCACAUAUCAGCGGCGGGAUCGUUGCCGCCGGCGACGUCCAUACAAACGUUGUCAUCCAACUACCGUCCAAAUCUCCCAGCGCUACUCAAGCAGCAGAGCAAGCGCGGUUGAAAAAGGAAGAAGCCCAAGCCCAGGCGCGUCUCUUGGAAGAGGUUCUGGAGUGGUUGGCGCCCAAUGCGCAUUUCCGAACGGUGCAGAGUGAGAAUUUGGAGAAGUGUGCUGAUGGGACGCUCUCCUGGUUCAUCGCUGCGGAAUUGUAUCUGUCGUGGAAGAGGGGAGGCGAUCGUAUCAUCUGGGGCACUGGAAUCCCUGGAGCCGGAAAGACCGUUUUAGCCUCGCGAGCUAUUCAUGAUCUCGAGGAGCACGCCAGUACCACCAAGGGCAAGAUCUGUGUUAUCUUCGCCUACUGUCGCUACUCAGAGCCACUCACAGUCGAAGAAAUCCUAGAGGCUCUUGUCAAACAGUUCCUCGAAUGCGACCCCUCACUGGUCACCAUCGUCGAGCCCAUCUACUCUCGUUACAAAUCUCGACAAAAAAACCGUCCCACCCAAGUCGAGCUCCUCGAGCUCCUGCAGACGCUGGAAACCCAUUUCGAAAUCGUGUUCUACGUCGUCGAUGGGCUCGAUGAAGCGAUCGUGAAAACGAGGUUCGACUUGAUCAAGGCUAUCAACCGUCUUCGAGGCCGCUUUGCGCUCACGUCAAGGCCGAUACGAAGGCUGGAGCUGGGUCUGCCUGCGACGAAAUUCUACGAGGUCACGCCGGAUCCGACGGACAUCGUCCGCCUCGUUGAGCAGAAGCUCGAGGGUGACCCGGGGUUCUGUGACCUCCUGGAUAGGUACGGGCAUCGCGAGGAGCUCAUACAUCGAAUUGAGAACAAGUGCAGCGGGAUGUUCCUCCAUGCAGCUCUUCAACUGGAAUACGUGUACCGCUGUGAGACGAUUACAUGCAUACAGAAAAGCCUUGAUCGUUUUCCACCGCAACUGGAGGGCAUGUACCACGAGGCCAUGGAGCGCAUCAACACGCAGAUCCCGCCGGAAAACGCUGCACUUGCGAAACACGUCCUUCUGUGGCUUGUAUUUGCGAAUGAGACGCUGUCGCUGUAUAAGCUUCUGGCGCUUGUGGCUCUGACUUGCGAUAGUGCCAUCCCGAGUGAAGAAAAUCCACAGACGGAGGUUGCCCUGGUCCAUGGAGCAACUCUCGCCUCCCUUUGCUGCGGCUUGGUUCAUUUCGAGAAGAAGACAAGCUUGAUGCGCCUCGUCCAUUUCACGGCCAGGGAGGUGUUAGCCCCCAUCCUGUCCAAGGACUUUCCCAACCCCCAUGGUCUGCUAUUCCGAGCAACUACCAGCCAUCUGGUAGCCCACCAUAUCCCCAACUAUGAAGCAUUCGGUGCCGCUCCAAAAUUCGCCCCAGCGGAGCUCAAGAACCCCGCCCUGGGGUACUCCUACAAGCAUUGGGCAUACCAUGCGAGGGAGGGCGCGUCCAAAUCCGAUAGUCUGGCCGCCGAAGUCUUCGAGUUCCUUAAACUUUGCGUCUCGUACCCGUUGGAGAUCGGGUGGACUCUCGAGCGACUCUCACCCCUCCAUGUUGCCGCGAGGUAUGGUCUGGACAUGUUUGUUGACCAGCUCGUGACUGAGGUGGCCAAGGGCGACGUUGCUGUUCGGACCGAGGGCGUCUGGGAGGCGACCCCGCUGAUUGUUGCGGCGCAGUAUGGUCAUGUCGAGGUCAUCGAUCGGCUUCUCAAACUUGGCCGUCUUGCGAUCCUCAAAUCCGUCCUCGGUGGCCACAGCAAACCCGGGUUGCAUCUCCUUACGGGCCAAAUCAACCUUCGAGAUUCGGCUGGGAAGACGGCGUUGAUUACGGCGUCGAUGCAUGCGCAGGAUGAGGCUGUCCAACGACUCCUCCAACACCCCGAUGUUGAUGUCAACGCUAAGAGCAACCUUGGGUAUACCGCCUUGAGAUGUGCAAGAACGGAGGAGACCUUGGACAGCUUACUCGCACGCAAGGACAUUCAGGUCAACUCGCAGGAUGAAGAAGGGGUGACGAUGCUGAUGUCGGUAUCAAAGUCGCCGGGAGGCGAGUGGGCGGUGGAACGGCUACUCUCGAGGCGGGAUGUCAAGGUUGGGGCUACAUGCAAGAAGGGGUGGACGGCGCUGAUGUACGCAGCGGACGUGGGGCAUGCGCCCGCCAUUAGGCUCUUGCUUCAGCACAAGGAUGCCCGUCCGAACCACCAGGCCCGCGAUGGGACCACGGCGCUAAUGUUGGCAGCGGAGAAUGGCCAUGAAGCUGCUGUCGAAGGCCUACUCGAGGACGAGGGCAUUGAUGUUAAUGUUGCCAUUGGGUGGGCGGGGAUCACUGCACUCAUGCUCGCCUCGACUCCUGGCGUUGUGUCUCUUCUGCUCCGGAGCAAAGGGAUUAGGACGGAUAUGAAAGAUAAAUAUGGGUAUACUGCUCUUACUUCAGCUAAACGAUACCCGCUCCAUGCGAUCGCUGAUGAGGGCAAGCGGAGGAAUCAUGAAGGAAAGAUUGCAUUGCUGGAGGAGUUUGAGAGAAGUAGCCACAGUGGUCAGUAG